AAGUGGCAUCCUCUUAGUUUGAAUAGUGUUAAGUGGCAGGUAGCCGACUCGCCGCUCCGCCUUAGGCUGCAACUGAGCAUUUGAGUAAAUAAGGUGUAGAAGAAGAAGAAGGAGGUAUGGUGAAACUGACGGCCGACUUGAUUUGGAAGAGCCCUCACUUCUUCAAUGCUCUCAAGGAGCGAGAAUUGGAUCUUCGAGGUAGCAAAAUUGCUGUAAUCGAAAACUUGGGUGCUACCGAGGACCAAUUCGAUGCCAUAGAUUUGUCUGACAAUGAGAUUGUCAAGCUCGACAACUUCCCUUAUCUUAACCGCUUGGGUACCUUACUUAUAAACAACAACCGGGUUACUCGUAUCAAUCCCAAUAUCGGAGAGUUCUUGCCCAAGUUACAUACGUUGGUUCUCACAAACAACAGGCUCGUCAACUUGGUGGAGAUUGAUCCUCUCUCAUCUCUUCCUAAGCUGCAGUUCCUUAGCUUAUUGGACAAUAAUAUUACAAAAAAACCUAAUUAUAGGUUGUAUGUGAUUCACAAACUUAAAUCACUCCGUGUUCUGGAUUUCAAGAAAGUGAAGGCUAAGGAGAGACUGGAAGCUGAAAAUCUCUUUGCAUCUAAAGAAUUUGAAGAGGAAAUGAAGAAAGAAUCCACAAAGACAAUGACACCAGAAGAGGUUCCAAAGGUUUUAGAAGUUGCACAGGAAGAACAGAUGCCAAAAGUAGUUGCCCCCACACCUGAGCAAAUUUUAGCUAUCAAGGCGGCCAUUGUGAAUUCUCAGACUUUGGAAGAGGUUGCAAGACUUGAGAAGGCAUUAAAGACAGGUCAGCUUCCUGCCGAUUUGAAAAUUCCAGGUGAUGAUAUUGGGGCCAAUGUUACAGGGAAAGAUGAAAAAAAGGUUUCUGAUAGUCAAAACAAGUCCAAUGUUGAACUAAAUAAUGUGGAAGAACAAAACAAUGAGGAACCUGCACCAAUGGAACAGGAAUAGCAUGCAUAGUUUCUAUACCAGCCUACAUCACUUGCUGCAUUCAUUCACCAAUGGUUGGCUUUGCAACGAAGGAUUUUUCGAAUGGUUGGCUGUGCGACAAAAGGAUUUCAGUUAUACUGAGAGUUAACGAUUAUUAUUAGGAAUUCUGAACGUGUACAACCAUGAAUUUCUCUUUGGCCUCCAUGUGUAAUCUUGAACAUGUACAACAAUAUUAACUUUUCCUUUUGCCCCUA